AUGAAGCCAUUGUUGUUACCCGCGAUAUGUGUACUACUGAGCUCUGGGUUAAGCGACGCAUCCAAAUUUCCACCGGGCUUCAAGUUCGGCGCUGCAACAUCCGCUUACCAGAUAGAGGGCGCUUGGAAUGUAAGCGAUAAAGGAGAGAGUAUUUGGGACAGAUACGUCCACGAGAACCCUGAACUGAUAGCAGACCACUCCAAUGGAGACGUUGCCAGCGACUCUUAUAAUCGGUGGAUGGAUGACGUCAAGAUCGCUUCGGACCUCGGUCUACAUUUCUACAGAUUCUCCCUAUCCUGGCCGAGACUUCUUCCGCACGGGACCCCGGAGAGAAUAAGCGAAGAUGGUAAAAACUACUAUGACAAGCUGAUCAACGCCCUGCUCCAGAAAGGGAUAGAACCGGUGAUCACUUUGUACCAUUGGGACCUACCGCAGAGAUUCCAGGAAUUGGGCGGCUGGGCAAACCCCCACAUAGCAGACUGGUUCGCCGACUACGCGAGAGUAGUCUACAGCCUGUACGGGGACCGGGUAAAAACCUGGAUCACCAUAAACGAGCCCUUGGUAAUUUGUGAGAUCGCCUUCAACACCGGGGUCUUCGCCCCCGGGAUCAAGGACCCCGAAUACGGAAACUAUAUGUGCAGCAAGAACCUUCUCCUGGCACAUGCUAAAGCCUGGAGGAUCUACGACUCUGAGUUCAAGCCCAAAUAUGGAGGUAAAGUCGGCAUCACCCACCAAAUAAUUUGGUACGAGGCUGCUUCGCCUGAGCACGAGGAGUUGGCUGAACUUGCCAGGCAGUAUUCGGCCGGUUUGUACUGCCAUCCAAUUAACUCGGAACUCGGCGGAUGGCCUCCGGCAGUGGAGCGGGUCAUCGCUGAGAACAGCAAGAAGCAAGGUUUCUUUCGCUCCAGACUCCCUCCUUUCACUAAAGAAGAGAUCGAACUCGUCAAAGGAACUUACGACUUCUCCGGUAUCAACUACUACAUCAGCCGUCUGGUGAGAAGAGCAGAAGCUGACGAUGUUAUAGGACCCUGGCCCCUGGGCGGUGGGUCUGCAGAGCUGGGCGCAAUUGUGGAAGUGGACGCUUCGUGGAAAAAGGGGGCCACCAGCUGGUUCUGGAGCUUCCCCCCUGGCCUCCGAAGGAUGCUGAGCUGGUUCAAGAAGUACUGCGGUGACCACGAGGUGCUCAUCACCGAGAACGGGUUGGCGUCGAACGAAGACAUCAUCGACGACGACCGAGUAGAAUACUACCGGAGCCACCUGGAGCAGGUCUGGCUGGCCAUCAAUGAGGAUGGUGUGAACGUGAAAGCCUACACCGCGUGGACUUUGAUAGACAACUUUGAAUGGAUGGACGGUUACAAUGUCACCUUCGGCCUCUACCACGUGGAUUUCAAGGAACCGAAACGCAAACGCACCCCGCGCGCGUCUUCUUAUUACUACAAGGAGGUCAUACGCAAUCAUUCAUACGAUGUCGAUAUAUACGUCGACAGAGACGAAUUG